GCCGAAGCACCGCCCUUGUCGGCAGGAGUCGGUGGCGGGCAGCAUGGAGGGCGCCGUGUCUGACGUGGGGAUCUGCAACCUGGCCUACGCCGGGCGCCUGGAGGAGCUGCGGGCCCAGCUGCUGCGCGACAGGGCCCUGGCCACCAGGGCCGACCAGGACAACCGGACCGCGCUGCACUGGGCCUGCUCGGCGGGACACACGGACGUCGCCGACCUCCUCCUUGGCCUCGGCGUGCCUGUGAACGACAAGGACGACGCUGGUUGGACUCCCUUACAUAUUGCUGCUUCGGCCGGCCGUGAUGAAAUUGUGAAAGCCCUCAUUGCCAAGGGUGCUCAUGUAAAUGCUGUCAAUCAGAACGGCUGUACGCCCCUGCAUUAUGCAGCCUCCAAAAAUAAGCAGGAGAUUGCGGUCAUGCUCUUAAAGAAUGGAGCUGAUCCGGAUGCAACAGAUCAUUUUGAAUCCACCCCAUUACACAGAGCAGCAGCCAAAGGAAACCUAAAAAUGGUACAGAUCCUUCUGCAGCACAAUGCAUCCGUUGAUAUACGGGACUCUGAAGGGAAUACUCCUCUUCAUUUAGCCUGCGAUGAAGAGAGAGUGGAGGAGGCAAAGCUGCUGGUGUCUCAUGGUGCGAGUAUUCACAUUGAGAAUAAAGAAGAACUGACCCCACUGAAAGUAGCAAAAGGUGGUCUGGGAGCCAUACUUAAAAGAAUGGUGGAAGGCUAGUGGGGACUUCUAACUUGAGUCUCUUUCCUGUUGCACUUACAUUUAAGACUGCAGACUUUGUAUUUUAAUAGUUCAGCUAGGAUGUAUGGGCAUCAGCAUGGUAACAAAAUGUGUAUCUCUAGCUUUCCUUCAAGUACAGUGCCAAAACAACUGUUUGUACUUACUGUUAAUUAAACAGUGUGCUCAUUUUAAAGUAUUUUUGAACAUCUUGCAGUUUUCUUUGUUUACAGUAUGAUCUGUAUAAAUGCCGUUGUUCCUUCUAUUUCAGAACCUAGUCUUUCAAGCAACAGGACCAAAAAUGCUUUAACCAUUUAAAGUCGAUUUUAUUUUGGAGGCUUAUUCUAGAGUCUGUGGCUUUUUCCCCUUAGCCUUUGUGAUUUGUGUGUGGUUUUUUUGUUUGGUUUUUGUGGGUACUGAUUCUCUUCCUUCAGAUGAUUCUAAACUACACCUCUCCCUUUGUAGACUGCAGUUUGCUCAGUUGCUUAGGUAAUUGUAUCCAUUUUUACUCUUCCUAGUCUACGCAAGUGAGGUCUGAGUGUGUAAAGCUGUUCUGUUAUCUAUUGUUGUCCUGUUUCUUUGAAUCUUUAAAUAUGUGUAUGCGGUGAAGUAUGCUGGACUGCUUGCAGAAUGCAGGCCUGGUUUCAGGCUUACCUCUGCAAAUACACUAUUGUGUAAUGGAUGGCUCUGGAUAUUUCUCUGGGAUGUACUUUGACUCUAUUUUUAUUUCCUCUUGCUUCUUCUGUAGAUUUCUUGUUCUGUUCUGUUUGCCUCCCAUCACGUAGCACUGACACUUGCAAUUUACCAUCUUAUUUUAUAACAGAAGCCUAGUUUAAUCUCUAUUUACUCACAGCAAAUCCUGCUAUUAAGUUAUUAGAAGGCAGAGCUAACAAGACUGAGUCUGAAAAGUGGCCUGCUGAUGUUGGCAAGAUAGCUUCUGACACUAGUAGGAUAGAUUUUGCCUUUCUGAACAAACGAUGCUGAUGAAAUUCUGUGAAAUAAAGAACUUUCCUAAACAGCA